GUUCUCGCUGAGGAACAUCUUCGCCGUCGAUUGAGGUAACGCAUUUGCAUGCGAGCAGACAAAUACCGACCGAUACACUGCCACGUUUCCUUAUCCCAGAUCUGUGCUGUCGCUAGCCGUUAUCGUGCGUGCUAGGAGUUGAGAGCACCCGUUCUGCUCGAGCGAUUUGUCGUCAAGCGAGCCAAUGUUGUCGUCUUGCAAUCAUUGUCAAGUCGAUGCCGCCGUGCAUGAAGCUGAGCCAAGAUACGAGUCUGCUGCCCCGAAGGCUAGCGACCAAGAUCGUGGCUCGAUCGAGUGCUCAGCGUAAGGCGGGGCAGACUGCCAAUGAGGAGUCGCUCCCAUCUCUCUGUGUGAACAGAGUCGCCAGUGCGGCUCCUUCAUUUCCUUCGCUUCCGACUCACAACUGCAUUGUAAUCGUUUGAGGAGACAGCUCUUUUCAGGCCGCGAGGCAUCAUACUUGAAUGUGCAGGCACCGGUCAACCUGUCUUAGGCACCGCAUCCGCAACACAGCCUAAUCUCGUCGCGAAGUCAGACCAGGCAACAGCUCGCCUCAUUCUGACUGAUGUGAUUCAGAUUAUAAAUGCCAGUCAAGACCGCAACCUAGCCUGCCGCUGUCCCAUUAAUCUUCGCUACGUGCCUCGAAGUUGCUUUGAGAUUUGCGUUGUCAUUUGGACAAAGACAUAGCGAGCUAUACUUCCGUACAUAAUUCGACGCGGAGCAAGCAUAUCUUUGGCUGAUAGCAAAGUAUGAACGAUCGAUAUACUAACCCUUUGCAUCUCAACACAAAUAUCGUUUUCCAGCACAACUUGAGAGGAGGUCGCGGCGGUCGUGGCGGCUGCGGCCGGGCUCUGUUUGGACGAUAUCCGCCUAGCAGAAAAAUCAUCACUCUCGACUCUUCGUCCAGCGACGAAGGGGAAGGGGACGCCAUGAAUGAUAACGUGAUGGAAGAAGGCCACCUGGUCGAUGAAAAUGGCAAGGUUGUCAAGAAGGACACGUCGAGUGACGAGAAUGGUGCUCCGACGCCGUCCACGACGGACGUCACGGAGGAAUCCGAGCCUGUCGAGCCUGGAAUGGCGGCCCAAAUCAAAAAUCUGUACUCUGGCAAGGAAGACAAACGCGGCCGGUUCCAAUGGCAAGACACAGUGCCGAAGGACGUGAAGUCGCCCGUCGAGAACGAGGCUACUGCCAAGUACGCGCUCUUAGUCCGCAACAUCAAGGUCUACAACAACCCUCGAAAGACGCUCUCCGUGCACUCCAUCGUGGUUCAGUCACCGCUUCUGAAAAAACUGUUGCAGAAGGUCCUCAAAGACUAUCCUGGUCUCUCCGUGAACCUCAAGCGUCUCGAACUCAGCGGCAAAUUUGAGCCCAUCAUACAUCGCUGGGGCCGGCUGCAGGAAGAGAUCGCAAAGCUGGGAGACGACACGGAAGAAGAUCGAGAGACGAAGAAACACGCGGAUCUGCUUUUCAAUGUGCUUAAAGUCGAGUUCAAAGACCUCAUCGAAUCCAGCCAGGAUAUGAUUAGCAAAGGAGUCAUGACGUUUGAGCACUUGUGGACCAUCUUCCAGCCAGGAUCGCUGAUCUUCGCCAAGCAGGAUGGACAAGACACGGCCCUGCAACUGAUUUCCACUCGCUAUGCCAUGGAUCAGAACGGCUCACCCUGCUUAUGGGUCUCGGGCCGUUUUGUGGAUUGGGACGGCAGCAAAUUCGGCACCAACAAGUGCAAUGUCAAGAUUGGGUCAUACGCCGGCACACGAAAAAUCAACACGCUGUCGGCUUUCCCACUCGACUUCCAUGCUGAAAAGGAUGAAGUUCGGCAGCGUCUGCUGGAGCGCGGUGCCAAGGUUGAGCAGCUCGCGGGAUCGCAUUAUCGAGCGUACAGGGGCGUGGGCUGGAAGCUGAACGCAUUUGGCACCAAGGACAAGUUCAACAUUGACGGCAGAAUCGUCGUAGACACCUACGGGUGGAAUAGGUUCAAUCCAAAUUAUGCCGUGUUCGUGUCCGCGUUAGACAAGAAGGAUUCCAAGACGGUGGGGGGCACGGGUCUCGAUGAUGAUGUGGAUGAUGAUGGUAUUUAUGACGAUGAGUGCUGCGAUGGUGGCAUGCCCGUGGACGGUCACUUUCUGGAGAGUGACGACACGGAGAAGCAGGCACUUACGGAUGAGCAGCGGUUGAUCUGCUCUCCGCUGGUGCGUGGCUACUCGCUCAAGAACAAGCUGUGGCUCAAUUUCUUUGUCAACUCGGUGCACGACAUCAGCUGGAACGAGGGCGCCUUUGAUCGCCUUGUCUUGCCACCGCAGCAAAAGGAGCUCAUUCUCGGAUUUGUAGAAUCACAGCAGGACGAGAUGAACAAGUUCGACGACGUGAUCGAAGGCAAAGGAAGAGGCAUGAUCCUGCUCCUUUGCGGCCCACCUGGCGUGGGAAAGACGCUCACGGCCGAGAGCUGUGCUGAGGAGAUGCGCGUUCCGCUGUACAUGAUGAGCGCGGGUGAUCUCGGUUUAGAUCCGCGGACGGUCGAGACUUCGCUCAAAGACAUCCUGGAGAUGUGCACCAAGUGGAACGCCAUCCUGCUGCUGGACGAGGCCGACGUCUUCCUUGAAGAGCGGUCUCUUCACGAAUUGGAGCGCAACAAGCUCGUGUCGAUCUUUCUGCGCGUGCUCGAGUACUAUGAAGGCAUCAUGUUCCUGACCACUAACCGCGUGAACACGUUCGACUCAGCCUUCCAGUCGCGCAUUCAUAUCUCGCUCAACUAUCCAGAGCUCUCCGUCGAGUCCCGUCGCGCCAUCUGGAGGAACUUCCUGGACCAGAUGCCGGGCGAGCACCGCAUCAGCGCCGCCCAGCUCAACUCCCUGUCGCUGAUGAACAUGAACGGCCGCCAGAUCAAGAAUGUGCUGAAGACGGCCCAGCUGCUGGCGCGACGCAAGAGCAAGGACAAGGCGCUCAGGCAUGAGCACAUAAUCACCGUGCUGGACGUGACUCAGCACCUGCACAACAGUCAACAAGCCACCGAGCAGAGCCGCAGCGCUAUAUUCUGUUAGUCUCUCUUCCCCCUCCAUCUCUCUCCUCCCCUUUGCUUUUUUAUGUUGUUUGAAAAAAAGAAGAGAGAAAGAAAAAAAAGGUUCGCCCCCAAGAAUCGAGUCGACGUUGAGUGACUUCUACAUGUACGAAAUUGAUCUGCACUGGCGUUUUGGCUUGGGACACACGAUUGCGACACACGGAAGGGCGACACGGCUACGAACAGAAUGGUACCACUGUGUGCUGCCUGAUAAGGGGGUCUUGCUCGAACAUUUCGUUUUGCUGGUUUUCUUCUUGCUCCGCCGUCGCGUGAGUUUGACACUCGGCGUUUUCUCACCUUGCAACUGCCAGGAGGGCUCGCUCCCGUUGUAGAUUAGAAUCAGAAACCGUACACCAAAGCUUCUUGCUCUUCAUCGCACUUCCAACUUAAAUCAAGC